AUGACAACUGAACAGAAAUUAGCAUAUGAUAAAAUCAUGGAAGCGGUCUAUGGUUAUAGCGGAGGAGUUUUCUUCCUAUAUGAAUACAGUGGAACUCAAAAAACAUUUGUGUGGAAGACAUUAGCUUCAACAUUAAAGUCUAAAGGUCAAAUUGUUUUGGCCAUUGCUUCAAGUGGAAUAGCUUCUCUAUUAAUUCCAGGUGACAAGACAGCACACUCACGCUUUGCUAUCCCACUCAAUGUAGAUGAGUUAUCCACAUGCAACAUAAAACAGGGGAGUGAUCUAGCUCAGUUGUUGGUUAAAACAACAUUAAUUAUAUGGGAUGAAGCUACAAUUGUUAACAAAUAUUGUAUAGAAGCCCUUGACCAGACAAUGCAAGACAUUUUAAGAUUCAAGAAUAUUAACAGCCUAGAUUAA